CCGUCGUGGAGUUUGGACGCGUAAAUAAUCAAUCGUUCGCACGGCGUUGAAGGCGUUGAGGGCGCGAGGUGAAGUUCUAGUGGUGGGUUGACCGCGAAGGCUUCAGAUAAGAGUGUUUGGUGAUUCGUAAUCCAUUAUUUUCUGAAUAGAAAGCAACAACAGAUCAGCGUCCAGUGUCAGUGUUUUAUAAUUAAUCCCGGCGUGAAGAUAUGAAAGUGAUGUGCCAAUCAAAUAGCCGUUUCCUAGCGGAGGCGAGAAAAAUGUAAAUCAGCAUUUUGCUGGGUGUGUUGUGCGAAGAGGUGACAGUGCGCGAUCGCGUGUUUUAUUUGUGUUUGUGCGCGCCAAGCCCACCACGAAAUUUGGCGGCGCACGCGAGGUGCGAGAGCUUAAAUUUGUGUUAUUUUUUCCGAUUUCGCGUCAAAUCGCGGCGUAACGACACGAUCCCCGAUCCUCGAUCCGGCGAGAAUAUAUCGAAAGUUAGCAGCAGCAGCAGUGGAAGAAAAAAAAAUGGCAGGAAACGACCCUGGUCCAAGGAGAAGUGAUGGUGGAAGCGACAGAAUUAACGGGGGUAGAAGUCGCGGCAUUGCCAAUAUGCACCUGUUCCUGCUGGUGGCGAUAACGUGGUUGGCCUGUGGCCAACUGAACCUGUCCGUGGAGGCAUUCAACGUGGAUACCGUGAACUAUGUCCUACACGAAGGAUCCCCCAACUCGAUGUUUGGGUUCAGCGUGGUUUUGCAUCAGGAGCAGCAGCGAAGCUGGGUCAUCAUCGGCGCACCCACGGCUGACACGUCCGCCUAUCAGGAGGGUGUGGUAAACGGUGGCGCUGUCUAUCGGUGUGACAUUUCCGACGACAACCGGUGCAACCUGAUCCCGUUCGACGCCAAAGGAAACUCGUUCAACGACAAACACGAGCAGGUUGACACCAAGUCGAACCAGUGGUUCGGAGCGACCGUUGCCAGUGCCGGCGUGGAUGGACCUUUGGUGGCCUGUGCUCCAAGAUAUGUGUUUCAUCAGCUACAGCCCCGGAAGGUGGAACGCGUGGAACCGGUGGGGACUUGCUUCAUCGCUAGGAACAAUAUGCAGCAGUUCGAUGAGUAUUCGCCUUGCCGUACGAUGUACUGGGGUUAUCAUCGGCAAGGAUCAUGUCAAGCCGGGUUCAGCGCUUCGUUGACCAAGUCAGGCGAUCGUGUCUUUGUGGGAGCCCCUGGAAGCUACUACUGGCAAGGACAAGUGUAUUCCAUUAAUACCGAUGCUGUGUUUCCCUAUAAACCCCCGCGAUAUGGUCAGUUUGGCGAAGGAGGUCAGAUCUACUCGUUCAGCCUGAACAACCCGCGGGACAAAGUGUACUCGACCGGCGAGAGCACAUCCCUGGAGGAUGACUCAUAUCUGGGGUACUCCUCGGCCACCGGAGACUUCAACGGCAGUGGUAACAUGGGAGUCGCGGUCGGAAUGCCCCGUGGAGGGGGUUUGCUCGGUAAGGUUCUGAUCUUCUCGUGGAACAUGACAAACCAGCAGAACAUUACCGGCGAACAGAUUGGGGCUUACUUUGGGUACGCGAUCGCUGUGGUUGACGUCGACGGGGAUAAGCUGGAUGACCUGAUCGUGGGAGCCCCGAUGUACACGGAGCCGAACAACGAGGGAAAGUACGAGACGGGCCGCGUUUAUAUCAUCUACCAGGACAAGGUGGACAAGUUCCAGGAGGUGGAGACCCGGGAUGGAGUCAAUUCGAAAGCGAGAUUCGGACUGUCGGUGUGCUCCCUAGGGGACAUCAAUCUGGAUGGGUUCGGAGACUUUGCCGUGGGGGCACCGUACGAUGGCCCACAUGGGCGGGGUGCGGUGUAUGUUUAUCAUGGGUCCCCUACGGGUCCUUUGGCGAAGCCCUCGCAGGUUAUCUUGGCGGAGGAUAUUUCCGGGGUUUCGCGAAUUUCUACCUUUGGUUUCUCCGUUGCGGGGGGUAUCGAUUUAGAUGGUAAUCAAUAUCCGGACAUGGUUGUUGGGGCGUACGAAACGGACAAGGCCCUGGUGUUUAAGUCACGCCCGGUUGCUGUGAUGGAAGCGAGUGCACUUUUUGAGACUGAAAACAAAUUGAUCUCGUUGGAAGACCGCAAUUGUACCCUGCGAGAUCAAAAACAAGUCCCGUGUACGGUCGUGAACUCUUGCAUGAAGUACAACGGUAUCAAUGUACCUCCAACCCUAGAUAUUGAGGUGUCGUGGGUAUUGGAUUCGAAAAAAUCACGCAAUGCUCGAAUGUAUUUCCUGAACGAAGAGGGACGCAACAUCCGGAACCAAUCGAUGCGGCUGUAUCGCGGUAAAUUGGAGUGCAAGAGCGAACGGGUAUACAUUGCAGAUAACAUCAGAGAUAAGAUAACUCCCCUUGAAGUGGAAAUGAAGUAUAGUUUACGUCAGAGCAGCUUCAGCCAGCAACGGAGACGUCGCGCCACAGUUGAACCAGUGUUGGACCAAAAUCGAGGAACAGUCCAAAAGGAUUCCAUAAACAUCCAGAAGAACUGCGGACCCGAUAAUGUGUGCAUUCCAGAUCUACGUCUCCAGGUGAACACGGUUGAUGAGUACCUACUUGGUUCUGGCAAGCUUUUGGGAGUAGAUGUUCUGAUUUCGAACUUUGGAGAAGAUGCAUUCGAGGCAGGUUUCUAUAUGACGAUACCUCCGGAGCUGAACUUCAGAAGAGUGGAGAAAGUUGGUGAAAUUAAAGAUACCCCUAUCCUUUGUACCCCUCCGCCGGGAGCAACGAACGGUACACUGAAGUGCGACAUAGGUAACCCACUGUCCAGUGGAAAGGUUGUGAAUUUCAAGAUCCUGCUCUCCCCAUCGAUCAAGGUUGGAAUGGCGCCAAGCUACGAUUUCUACAUGGAAGCAAACUCAACAAACGCUGAAUCCGACGGCUCCCACAUGGAUAACAUCUUCAAGAAGAGCGUUGGAAUCACCAUCAAAACGGAUCUGUCUAUUUCUGGCGUAUCGCUACCCGAAGACUUCCUAUACAACUAUACCCAAUAUCGGAAACUCGAGGAAGCUGAGACUGAGCAUCAUCUCGGUCCGCAAGUGGUACACAUCUAUGAAAUCCGCAACGAAGGUCCAUCCACCAUUGACGAGGCCGAAUUCUUCGUGCUGUGGCCCUACGAAACACAUGAUGGCGACCCGUUGAUGUACCUGCUCGUUGCCCCCGAGACCAGCGGCAACAUCAAGUGUCAACCGAGCAGCUAUAUCAACCCGCGAGAUUUGGCUAUCGAGAACCCACGCAAAAGCUACCUGGAGAAGGUGGGCGCGUCGUCCGUUAAUCACGAUUCGGGUUCCAGAACCGAGUAUCGUGCUUCUUCAGGCUCGUCUUCCGGCACGAGCUCUACAGGUUUCCACCGUCAAUCAACGUCCGGUGGAUCAUCGUACCGUGGUACCAGCUCCAGUUCCAGUUCAGGAUCGAGCUUCAGUUCGGGUUCCAGUUCGUCAACAUCUUCGCGUGCCGGAGGCAGCCAAGCGGUGUUGACCGAUACGGAUAAGCGACGCUUGGACGACGAGGAAAAUCAGGAAUCAACCGGAGAUGCAUCCUACGUGCACAGACAGCGAGCGGAAAGUGCAGCGGCAGCAGCGGAGGCGCACUCGCAGUACGCGGCUGAUAGUCAACGGUACAGAGGAGAAGCGGGCCGCGGCAACAGGAACGGCACCUCCCGGGAGUAUUCGUAUUCGAGUAGUUGGAACUCCUCCAGUGUUAAUGGUGGCCCAGUGGCAACCUAUAGUGCCAGUCGGAAUCGGACGACGUACCGCGGAGAAGAUGGUCGCGUGCGAGUGAGUGAAAGUAGCACCGAACACUACGGUAAAUCGGUGGCUGCGUUUGCAGGGGUAGGAGCCAAUGUCGAUGGACAAACCCUCUACAAGGAGGACUUCAGUGAUGUUUAUCGUCAGGAUGAGAGAGGCGGAGUGGUAUCCGCUUCAAAUGUGGGAUCAUCCUCGGUUAAUGCAGGAGGUCAUCGACAGAGCUCAAGCGCUGGAGCAUCUUACGGUCAUAGUGGAGGGGCUUCCGCCUCGGAAUCAUCCCGAGUGGUACAUACUUCGUCAUCGUCAGCUGCGGGUCAUGGUGGAUCAUUCGCUACCUCCGGACGUGGUAAUGAAAUCUACAGGAGUGAAUCAUCCAACUCUGAAUCGGGAUCUUCUAGGGCUACUGGCGGAGGUCAUCGGCACGGGUCGAGCUCUGGAGCAUCACAGGUGCACUCAUCGUCGGACCGUGUUGACGAGUCUUCUUAUUCAGAAUCGUCCCGAGCGGCAUCCGGUUCUUCCUCGUCAUCUGCUUCGAGUCGUGGUGGUUCAUCGGGUCCAUUUGGGCAUGGAAGCGAGCUCUACAAAAGCGAAUCAUCUCACACGGAAGAAGUGAACCAGGACAUUUCCGGCCUUGGCUCGCGAUCCUCCAGUUCGACGCAGGGCGGAGAGAUGAGUGUAUCAGGGGCAUCUUCCAGCAGCAGGCGUCGCAUGAAGAGCCAACAGGAUGGGGAAGCAACUCGACCGGAUCUGAUAACCGGUGUGUCAACCAUCGAGCGACUGGCCCAGGGUCGGGGAGGCUUCCAGACGGCAACCCUUGAUCUGGGAACACUAAACAGACAGAAUGUUGACGAGGAAAUCCGAACGAGUGGCAGUGCGAGAGCGUCCGGUGGAAGGAACGCAACCUAUGAAUCGCACGGCAGCGCACAUGGUGGGGCAAGUUCAAGCCAAUACGGACAGCAGCAUGGAGGAUCAACGCAUUAUUCGUCCUCUUUGUCUUCGUCAUCAGCGGCGGGCAGGACGCACUCAAGCUCGUCGCAUUCCUCCACCACUGGUGGCCAGGACAGCUACUCGCGUCAUCAACAGAACGCCGCAUACGGUAUCUUGAAUGAGGAGGAUGGCGAUGAGUAUGUAGACGAAUACGACGAAGGCGAUGAUGGUGGUUACGUUGAUCAGUCUGAUACUCGUGGUUAUGGAACAAGUUACCAACAUCACAGCCGCAGCCACCUGAACCAGGGCCAUGAAAACGUAGAUCAGAAGUUCAAAUACUAUCAACAGUUCGAUCGUCGCCAGAGAAGGCAAGCCCCGGGCGUCGAGGAUGCGAACGAGCAGGCCCUGAACAAAGCGCUUCAGUGCCAAGCUACACGAUGUGCCAUAAUCCGGUGUUUGGCUGGCCCGAUCGGGGACAAAGACGUUGCCUUCAUUGGGCUGAGGACACGCGUUGUUGCCCACACUCUGCACAAGAUUUCGUCCGGGUCGGCGAUCAAUUUCUCCACAAUGACCGUGGCUAGGGUUACGCGUUUGCCGUACAUAGGACAACCGAAGGAGAUGCCACUGAAGACGCACGAGAUUCAGGUCAAGGCAACGCCGGAGCCGACGCCAAAGCCGGACGUGGUGCCACUGUGGAUCGUUGUGCUGGCGGCCUGCGCCGGUACGAUCAUUCUACUGCUGCUCGUCUACUUGCUGUCGAAGUGCGGUUUCUUCAACCGAAAUCGACCGACAGACUCCUCGGAGCGGCAGCCACUCAAUCGAAACGGCAACUAUCACGGCGACGAGCAUUUGUGAAAACAGCACCGGAAAAGCCGUUUUUGAGUGUUUGUGUAUCGAAUCAAGAUAAUGUAUUUGUUCAGUACGACGUACGCUUAAUUUAUUAGUUUCUUUUCUGUUUUGUACGAUAGAAUCAAACGCAAUUUUUUCGAUUCCUCCGAGACUAGGAAACGAUUAGUUUCAUGUGUUUUUCUCUAAACAUUAUCGAUCAGCAGCUCAUUUCAGUAAUCUCCUGCUCUAAUCUUUGUCUAGUAUUAGCCCUAACGAUUCGUGUAGAGGUUUAAGUGUAAAACUAAACUAACUAGUCAAUCUAAUUGAAGCUUACCGACUCUACAAGCUUAUUCUUAUUACGUGUCUCAUUUCGAAUCCCAUUUACGUAGUGCAAUUGAAAUGACAAACAGAAUGAAUAUCAUAAUUAUUUAGUUUGCAGUCCGAAUGCAAUCGGAACUAAAGGAACAAACAAACGAACAAUUUUUUUCGUAGGAAAACUAAUAAUGCGCAAAUGAUAGAUUCUAGAUAAUAAUAGCUGAUAGCUCAGAUGGAUCUGAGAACGAAUAGAUGCCUUGUAGUUAUUUAUUGUUAGGAUUUUAAUGUUGAAUUGAGAAGUUUUGAAGUGCCUAAAAAGUUUUAGAAUGUUUAGAAAAUGCCACGGUGCCAUUCGAGUAUAUGAAAAUUUAAUUUGUUGUAAACCUGAAGCGCAGCAACGGAAUUGAAACGUUCUUCUGUACUUUACGGUUUUGUUCGCCACAGAUUUGGCAACCGAUAUUUCUUCGAAUUUUAGUGUACGAUAAUGUAUGUGUAAAUUAUUUACUUAAUAGUGAUAACAGUAGCUAUAAUCGAUUACCGUAUGGUUUUAAACAAAACGUUUUCAAUUUCAUUUUUAUUAUUAUUAUUUUCGCUUUGGUUCAUUCAUCUUAACAAAUACUGAUAUUUAAGUUGACUGUAAAUAUUUUUUGUACAAGUGAACGAGAAACUUAAUGGAAAAUUCAGAAA